AUGGCUCGAGAGCAGGCUGGUCGACGUGGGAGUUCCACUGGAGAGCCUACAUUGGCGGCGAACGACAAUCGCUUCAGGGAUUUCUUCGAGAAGCUGGAUGACAAGACCCUGGAGCAGCUCGACGACGCCAAGAACGCCACCAUGAGCGUCGACGACGUUGACUGGGAGGACUUGAACACACAGCUGUACUACAUGCUGGUGCUCGCGAUGCCCGAAGACUCGGCAGGAGAAACCGUCGUGCGCGACGUCCUGCACGGAGAAGGCGGCCAGGCAUGGAUCCGCUUGAAGGCUGAGAAUGCGCCAAAAGAGCCCGGCAACGUCGUGGCGCGCAUGAGGCAGCUCAUGUCCACGCAGUUCGCGCCGAACACGGACGUGGCGAACGAGAUUGAGAAGCCGGACUUGGAGACCAACAAGUACGAGAAGGCGGCCGACGAGCAGGUGAGCGACAACAUCAAGAAGGGGAUCCUGAUCGGCGCACUUCAGAACGAGCCAGACCUGCAGAAACACGUCUUCCGCAACCUUAGGAACCUCGCCACGUACCUCGAGGUGAAGACCGAAGUCCCGAGCGCCUUGAAGGCACAGCGCAGCUUUGACGACGAUGCGAUGGAGAUCGGAGCUCACCCUCGGAAGCGGCGCAGCUACUGCGAGAAGCCGAACCACGUCAAGGACGACAGCCGCAACACGACACCGACUAUGCCCCUCGGCAUUCGCGGGAUCAACGGCCUCAUCGCGGAACAGGACACGCUCAAGCCGAAGUACAUAUUCACCCUCUCGGCCAAGCCCAAGGGCCACACGCUGGCCAAGUCGAGCAUCUCCAAGCUGCAGGCCAUCGACGGCGCGAAGGUACAGCACUACGGUAAGACGGACGUCAGACUGAAGACGGGCCAGGACGUGAUCCAGAUCUCGGCGGAGGCAGCGGACGUGGAGUUCCCCGUGAUAUCCACCGACGCGAUCACGAAGCAGGGCAAGUCGGUCAUCCACUCCCCCCUGGGCGACUGGAUUGUGGACAGUCCGAUCUCACCCCCGACGUCGGCCAACGCGAUCAAGCUGAUGAAGGACCAGGGCACGUGCUACCUGGAGCGCGACGAGAUGCUGGACAGCUCCGCCGAGGGCAAGCGCGCGGCACGGAUGGCAAGCAUCGGCGAGCAGCAGGGCGACGGGCUGUACCUCAGCGCGGCUCGCAAGACCAUGCGCGCGCAGGUGCCAGCAACAGAGGGCCGACAGCAGCUGCCGACAGUGCUCGGACCAGACCCCAGCGAGAACGUCACAUUGAAGGCGAAGGCGUUCGCGAGACCUGGCCAGCCCUCGGAGGAGGAGAGGCGAGCCCAUGAAGCACACCAUCUUCCCUUCAGGCCGCGGCGCAGCGACUGCGUCAUGGGCCGAGGGAAAGACACACCCCACGAGGUGAGCUCAGAGCCCAAGGGUGACGACGAGUACCCAGUCGUGGAGAUGGACUUCUUCUUCGUGGCCACCGACGAGAUCGCGAGGAAGUACCCCACGGUGAACGGCUACGUCGUGAAGGUCAUCGACUUCAGGAGGCUGGAGACCAAGGAGCGCGGGGAGCUGCCCGCGAUCCUGAACGUCGCGGACUGCAGGUCCAACGCCUCGGCCACGCUCUUCGGCUCCAAGCAGAUCGGCGACUACAAGUCACUCUUCGUGGCCAAGCUCAUCGACAGCUGGGGCCACACGGUGGUGAUUCUGCUCACGGACGGCGAGAACGCGAUCGUCGCCCUGGCUGAGCAGGUGAAGAAGCUCAGGUCGCAUUCCACGACAGUGCGACAAGGCCCAGCGCACUCAUCGAAGAGCACGGGGCGCGUGGAGGCCAGCAAUGGAGCGGCGGCGGGGCCACUCCGUACGCUGCGGUUUUCACUUGAGACCAAGCUCGGCUGCAAGCUCGAACUCUCGGACCCCAUCCUCGCCUUCCUCGCCAACACUGCGGGCUGGUACCUCGCGAGUUUCCAGCCGAGGAGCCACGGAGGAUCUAGCUACAAGUUCCUCUUCGGCCGGGAGUACGAAGGAGAAGUGGCAGAGAUCGGCGAGCAGGUGUGGCACUGCAUAGUGGCUCGCGCUGCGGCGGGCCAGGGCAAGUUCGAGGCGCGCUUCGCGAAGGGCAUCUGGGUUGGCAUGUCAGAGUUUGACUACCAGCACCUGGUGGUGGACCUUCAGCGCGGCCUCCUGAAGGUGCGCUCGGUUCGCCGCAUGCCCGAGGAGUUGCGCUGGAACGCUGAGCUCGUGAAGCAGAUCGACGUCACCCCAUGGGCCCCUGUGCCUGAACGCGUGAAGUCGACCAUCAAGAAAUUCAUGUACAUCACGGAGGCUAUGAAGAACAUGCAUGGACCGGCGGACAGCUGCCCGAAGUGCGUCUACGGGCGGGGCCGGCACAGCGAGCAGCGCAGGCAGCGCUUCGAGACCAUCGCGCAGGAGGGGCUCGAGGCGAAGCCCCUGGAGGAGACCAAGGGCGGCGCCCUGGAGAGAGACCCAGUGCAGGAGACCCUGGAGCCGAACAAGCGGCAGAGGGUCGUGGUCAUCGCGGGCCUCUCGGUCUGCGAGCUGGCGGUGGACCCGCUCUGGGACCCGAUCCCGUCAGGCCUCGAGCGGUGCGAGGGCCUCUGCGAGGAACACGUGGGCUGCUGCGUCUUUCGGCACGACCAUGACGGGCAGCGCGCGUGCAGGAGGCGUCUCAUCGGCUGCGCCAAGAAGCUCAACCCCGACGCCGAGGUGGUCGUGAGCCUGUGCGCGCUGUGGUCGAACCGCGGGGCGCACGAGAACACCGACUGGAGCGUGGACCCGAACGCGGCCGAGCCGACGGUAAAGGUCCAUUACGACUAUUGCACUGGCGAGCCCCUCGACGAGUUGAAGUAG